UGUCCGGGCCGCUUGUUUGUUUUUAUUCCCUUCAGCCCAACCGCACCACCUCAGCUCCUCUUCCUCCACCCCCGCUGCUUCCGGAGAGCUCGCGUGGCGUGGCGUCGCGCGUGCGUGCGUGGGCGGGCGCGUGCGGCGGCGGAGCAGCACCGCGCCACCCUCGCGCGCGCGGUCUCGAUGGCCGACGGCGAGCCUUCCAUCACGCGCUGGACCUUCGAGGACUUCGAGGCCUACUACGAGGCGCGCCUCGGCGUCCGCCACGAGCCCGCGGACGACGGCGACGAUGGGGCCCCGCUGCGCGGAUCCGACCACCUGGCCGGCCGCCCCGCCGUACCACGCGCCAAUGGCGGCGCGGACCUCGCCGUAUUCGAGCAGUUCGAGCGGAUGGUGCUGGAGAGGAAGGUAGAGGUGCUCAAUGGGGCUAUAGAGGAUGGGCCGCCGGUGAAACCUCUACUUCCUUCAUUUGAAUCUGCAGAAAUGCGUAAUUUAGCUGAGUCAUUGUUGAGGGAUAUAAUUCGUGGGAGCCCAGAUGUCAAGUGGGAAAGCAUAAAAGGUCUGGAGAAUGCAAAGCGGCUCCUCAAAGAAGCAGUUGUCAUGCCCAUUAAAUAUCCCAAGUACUUCACAGGCCUAUUAUCACCUUGGAAAGGUAUAUUACUGUUUGGUCCACCAGGAACAGGAAAGACGAUGCUAGCAAAAGCUGUGGCUACUGAAUGCAAAACUACCUUUUUCAAUAUUUCUGCCUCGUCAAUUGUGAGCAAGUGGCGUGGUGACUCGGAGAAACUAGUCAAAGUAUUAUUUGAGCUUGCAAGGCAUCAUGCACCAUCUACCAUUUUCCUUGAUGAGAUUGAUGCUAUUAUUAGUCAACGUGGUGAAGCUCGUAGUGAACAUGAAGCUAGCCGGCGAUUGAAAACUGAGCUAUUAAUACAGAUGGACGGGUUGACUAAGACAGAUGAGCUUGUCUUUGUUCUAGCAGCUACAAAUUUACCAUGGGAGUUGGAUGCAGCGAUGCUGCGUCGGCUGGAGAAGCGUAUUCUUGUGCCAUUGCCAGAGCCAGAUGCUAGACAUGCUAUGUUUGAAGAGCUCCUGCCAUCUGCUCCUGGCAGAAUGGAGAUUCCCUAUGAGGUUCUUGUGGAGAAAACUGAAGGAUAUUCUGGCUCUGAUAUUCGCCUUGUGUGCAAGGAGGCAGCAAUGCAGCCCCUAAGACGGUUAAUGACAGUUCUCGAACGCAACCAAGAAGAGGUCCCUGAGGAUGAGUUGCCUGAAGUCGGUCCGGUAACAGCAGAAGAUAUUGAACUUGCUUUAAGGAAUACAAGGCCGUCUGCUCAUCUUCAUGCACACAGAUAUGAAAAGUUCAACCAAGAUUAUGGCAGCCAUGUCCAUGGCUGAAGGAGUCUGUUGUAAGAUAUUUGUACUCAGUAUGUUACUCGUGCAUGGGCUGUUAUAUCAAGGUUGAGUUUCCAUCGUUGAGAUGAAGGUAUCCUUGUAAACACACUGCUUAUGCUUGUAUCCUGUACAUUAUCAUUCAUUUGAUGAGUAAUAAGCUCUUGGGUAAUUUAGCCCCACCUGGAAUAAGCAGAAACUAGGGUGCUACCUACAUUUGGCUCGUUUUACCUAUUUCUCCCGCACUA